AUGUUACAAAUCAAAUUUGUUGUUGAUUUUGGAUGGGAACAGAUCAAAGAUAUGCAUGCAAUGAAACGACAUUUAAAUGUUCGACUUCAUGAUGGAACAUUAAUUCAAUUUACUAUGGAAGAUGUAGAAAUGGCACGUUAUGUAGCAAUGGUAAUGAUGUGGCAAUUUCGUUAUGCGACAAAUAAAGCAAUCAUUGAAAAAAAUAGUCCAAUGAAUAUCAAUAAUUUGCAAGGAAGUAUUCGAACAUUCAAUUUAAUGAGAUCAUCAAAUGCUGAGCUUAAUACAACUCGUCUAAAUGGACCAGAUUAUGCAUCAUUAGUUUAUACAAUGAUGCCUGAACCAACGUAUUGCUCCUCUACCCAACGUUUACCGUCAACGAAAAGAUCGCAGCGUACGUCACUUUUACAGGCUACGUCAAUGUAUAAUUUAUCAACGUAUACUGAUUCCAAUGACACGCAAACGCAACCAGCAAAGCGUUCACCAUUAACUUCAUUAUUACAAUAUAAUAAAGCAAAAAAUGGUAUUGCUGAUAUAUUACUAUCAAAUGAUCAAACAAACAUUGAAAUUGAAAAUGUUUCCCGGAAUGUACUAUCAAAAUCAACUGCAGCAUUAAAUUUUAUGAAUGAUGAAGAAUGUAAUUCACCAUCAGAUGUUUUAUAUUGCUCAACACCCUUUCUGCUACAAAAUAAUGCCAAGGAUGCUUCAUCACCGGAAGAUAAUCACCGGAAUAUGAUUCCUUCUGUUGCUGAAAAUGAUGCUCAAAAAUUUGAAUUUCAUAGUUUUGCUGCUUUAGGAAAACGUCAUUUAACUGAUACGAUGACUGGUUCCUCACCGGAAAUCCGCAUGAUUGGCGGCGGAACGCAUACAUUAGGUCGAAGCGCUGCGGCAUUAGUGCAUAAGCAUUCAUUGCUUGCAAAUGGAUCACAAAAGACAUCUCCGGCUCAUGCACUUAGUAGUCCGGAUCUAUUGAGUACUUGUCAUUCAUCACCUGAUCUUAUCACUUCCGUAUUAGACCGAUAUCGAUUAGCUGUAGCUGAAGCAGAAUUACGAGCCGCUGCUGUUGUAUCACAAAAGUCAUCGAAAUUACAACACCUGAAUGGUACCAUUCAAACUGGCAGACAUUGGCAAACAGUAAAAGGUUAUGGAACUUAUAUAUUACCAUCAUCACAAUCAACAAUUGUUAAAUCACAGCAGAAUAUGAAUGACGAAUCACAAAGAAAGAAUGGUGACAAUAGUAAGAUAGCGACACAUACGACAAGAUUUAUGAUGAUGGAUGGUGGUACUAAGAAAGAUUUUAAUGAACAGAUAACAAAAGAUGUUUUGAGGAAAAAAUUAUGCAAGAAAUCAUCACCAAUGAUAACAACAACAUCAUCAUCAACAUCAUCAUCAUCACAAGCAACAUUUUUUCAUCAUCAACAUCAACAUCAACAUCAUCAUAAUCAUCCAACAACAUCAAAAAUUAAAGGCGUAACACACGCUAACAAUGCUAUGAAAUUAUCACAAGCAUUUUUGACGCAUCAACGUUACGAGAUUAUUGAGGAAGAUCGAACGCCACAAACAUUCGUACGUCGAAUUCAUGAAUUUCGCACACCCAUAACUGCUGCUGCUGCUGCUGAUAAUGAUGAUGAUGAUGAUGGUACAAAAGCGCUUCCAAUUCAAAAUGCGCCUCUUAUCGUAUCAUCAUCACGAAGUAUUUCAUCUCCUGAUGUUUUCAACAAUCGUACCAAAAAUUCAAUCACCAAACAAUUAAGUGCUUCAUCGAUUGAUUCCACACAAUCUAUUGCUAUUCGAUCAGUUACUGCAUUAGAACAUUUCUCGAGCGGAAAUGGUUCCGAGAAUAUCUCAUCACAAAUUAUGCCAAAUGAAUCAUCAGAAUGUACAGUUUGUGAUAAAGCAACAAAUAUCUGUGAAGCGGAUUUUGUUCAAAAUGAGGAAUUGUUAGCUAAUCGUGAAGUUAGCUUGACUGAAUCGGUCAGAGAGAUGUCACAACGGUUUUCUUCACGACAUAUAAUGGUCAACAGUGCAUUGCAACAUCGUAUUACAAAUACUCAUGGACAUUUUACCAAUUUGAUUGGUGAUCAAUUAUCAAUCAAUGAUCAAUUAUCAAUCCCAACAAACGAUCAAACACUGAAAAGACUUCUAACAAAAUUAGCAGCUGAUGAUGCUUUAGAUGAAGAAUUCGCAGUGAUUCCGAAUAAACGUAUGUCUGCCGGUGUAUCAACAAGUCAAAGACCGGAAAAUAUGAAACGAAACCGUACACGAUCGAUAGUGCCAUACGAAGAUACACGAAUUAUGUUGCAUUCAAAACAGUCAAAUCCAACAGGCUAUAUUAAUGCCUCAAACAUUCAGAUUCCAAUUGGCAAUCGAAUUUUGAAAUAUAUAUUGGCGCAGGCUCCACUUCCGGAUACCAUUGAAGAUUUCUGGCAAAUGAUUUGGGAAUCCGGUUCACAGCUCAUUGUCAUGCUUUGCGGUGCUCAAGAUUGUAAAGGUACCACAACACCCAUUUAUUGGCCAACAAAAGUAAUGAGCAAACUAAGAUUAUCAGAUCACUCAGUGACGCUACUUUCGAGUACGUCAAGCAAACAUCAGGUAACAAUGAUGUUUCAAUUGAAACAGAAUUCGAAUGGAGAACGACGAACCAUUUAUCAUCUCAGAUUGAUGGAUUGGGAAAGUGGUGGAAUACCACCGAGUGAGGAAUCUUUCUUAGGAUUUAUGGAUGCUGUCAAUAGUGUUCGACGACAUUUGGAAAAUGAAAAGUUAAAGGAAGUGGAUUUUGGAGCAAUAUCAGGAUCUAAAAAUAAUCGAAACAAUUGUCAUAUAAAUUUAACGCACCCAACAAAUCGAAAUACAACACAAUCGACUGAUCUCGGUUAUUAUAACUGGUGUAAAAAAGGAUUGCAUGUUGUUAAUUAUGCAUUGCAUCAUUCACCUUCCAGCUAUUCGAAUGCUCUAUCAUCGGCAUUUUCAUCUAGCAGAAGAAAUGACGUAAUGGUAGAUGCAGUUGUACCACCAACCGUAAUACAUUGCCUGACAGGUGCUCAUGAAUCUGGUGUUUAUUUGCUUGUGGAAUUGAUGAUUCACUGUAUUGAGCAUAACAUGUAUGUGGAUAUUAGCAAAACAUUGGCAUUGUUACGACAGCAGAGAAUGUGUCUCGUAAAAAAUGUGGAACAAUAUCGCUUUGUAUAUUCUGCACUGAUCAUUUAUUUGCAAAAGUCACGGCUCAUUUAA